AGGUACGGAGUACGUGCAUGCAUGCCCUCCCAAGCCUCAUACCGAGUUGGGUCGGUCCGUCUAUCUGUCUCUCUCCAUCUCCUUCCCCAUCUCUUCAAGCUUCCUUCUCUCACCCCGCCGUCGAGUCGGCCAAACAUUCUCACCUCCAGCAACUUCCGUUUUUCAUUUCGUGUUUUUCAUUGCUUUUCUUUUCUUUCACGAGCGGGAAGAAACUUGGGGAGCUUGUCUUCCCUGGAGUUCGCGUCGUAAAUCCCCUUCCUACGGGAUCACGACGUCUCGCUUCGCUGUCGGCUGGAUCCUUCGCUGGCUUUUCAGUUUCUCUUUUCAUACCACGUCCUUUCGAUGGCAAUCACCGCCCUUUGAAACUUCGCCUCCUUUUGUCCCCUUGGACGCUUCUCUUUCCUAGCAUAUUUCCCUCUGUCCUUUCCAGGAGAAGGGCGUCACUUCUUUUCAGAUCUGGCUGCGACUGGACUCGCACCACUAGAUCGCGACAAUGUCUGGCCCGAUCCUCCCCGAUGGGUUUUUCUUCACCACGAUAAAUGGGAGACGAUGCACGGCUGUGCCGAAAGCAGGAGCCAUCACAACCGCCCAACUCGCGCCUGACGCGCCCGCGCCCGCGCCGACCCAACCCCCAUCUCCGCCGCCACCUGACCCUCCUCGAGCUCAGUUGCCCGAUCAACAGGAUCCCCCUCCUCAAGAGCGACCUCCCGAGCGGGGCGUUCCAUUUCGAGAACCCCCUCAGGCAGAACAGCCUCAAGAUCAACCUCCACAGGCGCCCCUUGAACCGCCUCCGCCUCCGCCUCCGCCUCUGCCGCCAAUAGAGGAAGUGCCUGCAUCUCCAACAACGACCCCCCCAUCUUCCACCAGAACGCCAGCGCCUGAACCGCCCCCGGAUAAUGCAACUAUUCCAUUCCGGACGAUCAUCCCCCUCCCCCAAGCCUCCCAAAUCCAAGGCCCGUUGGUGCCUCCACUCCAGGAACCCUCGGCACAGCUCCCUCCCGAGAGAGAGACGGGAACGGGGGCGGUUGCUAGUAGCAUUAAUGGAGCGGACCCUACUUCGACCCUGAUCCGGCCAUCGGUAGUAUCUGGCUCACAGCUGCCUGCUGGAGAGACCAGUCAGACUGACAGAAACGCGGUCCCCACCCAGAUCAAUCCGGGCGGCCCCCCUUCGACUACGGAUGGCAGAGGGCUUUUGAUUACGACUGCAUCCUCUGCCCCGAGUAGUCAGCCCGGAGAGGGCGCCGCCGGGACCAGCAACAGCGGCGCAGAGAUCCCCGGGAUACCCCAAGGCAUUCAAGAAAAGAGCGCCGACAGCAGCAGCAGCAGCAGCAGCAGCAAUGGUAAUACUUCGGGCUUGUCGCCAGCCGCCAUCGCAGGUAGCGUCGUUGGAAGCGUCGCCUUUUUGACUCUGCUCGUUGUGUUCUUGUGGUUUCUCCGAAAGCACCGUUCCCGUAGUCGUAGGGUGGGUGCCAGUGCAGACUCGGGUCACGGAGAGGGGCGAAGACGACAAGAACGCCCGUACGUUUUCGAUCAGGAAUCUGUGGGACCGACUCCCAAGUCGGCUCGAUUCAAGGCUGCGUUGGGAUACAACUAUCAGCGUUUCCGUGGUCAGCUUGGUGGAUUUCUUGGGGAAGAUGGCUAUCGCGCAGGGGCCACGAUGUUGAGCAGGGAGCGCUCGGGAUCGCCUGUCAUGUCGCAACAUAGCCGCCAUAACUCGGCUGUUUCAAGUGGUGGCGACGCCCAACGCGAUAUCCUGACGACUAAAGACCGGUUGAAAGAUUGGUGGGACCGGUUGACGGCGGACGCCUUGUUCAACUGGCGGCUCCGUAACGACACAACCUUGGAUCCCGACCCUUUUGCUUCUGUCCGCGAAAAGCAGAGCGAGACCACGGAACAAAGACGCACAUCGAAUGACUUCGUCUCUUUACUUGGUAUGAGCGAAAAGGGACUCGGGUCUGAGGAGCAACGGCAGGGUGCGAAUCGAAGAACGGGGAGCAGCGUCUCCGCAGAUCAUUUCCUGGGAGGCCUAGGGUUUAAUGUCAACAGUGGAAACGCAAACGCAAACCCCUUUGCCGACACGAACGCACUCCCCGCAGAACCGGCCAGAGCGGCAGAUGUGAACGUGAACCCGUUUGCGGAUAGUAACGAGGUGCCGGCCGCCUCGACAUCAGCGAUGCCGGGGCCGUACCGUGUCGCGAACGCACGUCGGUCACGAGCAUCAACUAUUGCUGGUCCCGGAACGCGCCCGCCGAGUACGCUGCCACCCGUCUCCCCACAGUACGAUUCACUAUACCGAGAAUCCGGCGGAUCCAUGGAAACAUUCGACACACGGCGUAACCGGUGGCGAUCUGACCCUUUCGAUCUUGAGCGUCCCGAGCUACUGGGCCCGCCUUUUGCGAGGGAGCAGCGGGAAAGUGGCGAACCAAAGCGCCCUUGGCCCACGCACGCGAGGCAUCAGAGUUCUGUAUCCAAGUACAGCAGCGGUAUCGGCUCGAACUGCUGGAUUGAGCCAGGUCCGGACGUUGGCUCUGCCCGGCCGCUAGUGGGCAGCUUGAGCGGGCCUGGCAGCCCACCACCGGCCCCUCACUGGCGGCCGGCCAUGCGAUCUGACGUGCCGGAAAAGGGGGAAGCCAGACGCAGCAUAAACGGCGAUGGGAGCGUUGGCAAGGCCAUGUGAAGAGUGUAGGGGCAUUGAUGUUACGUUGAGAAUUGGAGUGUUGAUGAUACCAAUAUGGGAAGCUUGAGUUGAGAGAGAGAGAGAGAGAGGCAAGAACAGACGCCGGGCGCUAGCUAGGCCAAUCGGCUCAGUAAAGACGUCGAGAAGACGUUGCGCUGGGGAGUUGGAAAAGAACGCUGUGAGAACGGAGGGUGGCAGAAGGGCGGGGAUGAAUGUGUUCUGGUUGGUUUGAACUGGCAGCCACUCCAAUGAAGGGGAAGUUGGUACGCAAGGAUGGAAGGAAGGAGUUGGCCAUAGUGUUGAGGCACUUGUUACUUGUUCUCCAGCGAACAAAUACAAUCAGUCGCUACACCGAUUUUCGCUCAGUCACUCGUACCUAUACUUUCGAUAUUUGGGAGUGGGG